AUGGCUGAUCUCGCGACCAAAGGUGGCUAUCUUCGUCGCCAUCGGCAGCUAGCCCCAUCAGCCGCUGUCCGAGUGUCUCCAUUGUGCUUGGGAACCAUGACUUUCGGUGGCCAAAAGCUAGAGACUUACGGAGAUUGUUCACGAGAAGAUGCUUUUGCUGUGCUCGAUCAAUUUUACAGUCAAGGAGGCAACUUCAUCGACACCGCUAGCGGGUACCAGGCAGGACACUCCGAGAUGUUGGUCGGCGAGUGGAUGGCCCUGCAUCAAAACCGCGAUGAGAUUGUGCUGGCCACCAAAUAUACUACGGCCUAUAUGACACACCAAGAUCGUAUUCAAUCCAACUACGGCGGAAACAACGCCAAGUCCAUGAAAGUUAGCGUGGAACAAUCAUUGCGCAAACUCCAGACGUCUUAUAUCGAUCUGCUUUACGUCCAUUGGUGGGACUACACAACAUCAAUUCCAGAGCUGAUGCAUGCCCUCAAUGAUCUGGUCGUUUCUGGAAAGGUGAUCUAUCUCGGCAUCUCCGACACACCAAGCUGGGUGGUCGCGAAAGCAAAUCAAUAUGCACGGUGCCAGGGCCUUCGUCAAUUCUCUGUGUACCAAGGGAUGUGGAAUGCAGCAAUGCGAGACUUUGAGAGAGACAUCAUCCCAAUGUGCCGUGAUGAAGGAAUGGGUCUGUGUCCUUAUGGGGUUCUCAACCAGGGCCGCUUCCAGACCAAAAAAGGAUUUGAGGAACGAGAGGCGCAUAACCCUGGCCGCAAUUUCAUACCAACAUCAGAGCAUGACAAGAAGGUUUCUGCGGUUCUUGAAGAUAUCGCGAAUGCCAAGGGAGUGGAGAUAUUCAGCGUUGCUUUAGCCUAUGUGAUGCAAAAAACUCCUUACGUAUUCCCUAUAGUGGGAGCACGUAAGGUUUCGCACAUCGACGGCAGUAUCGCCGGCUUGUCUGUCACACUCACCGAAGAUGAAGUUGGACAAGUCGAGAAAGCAUACCCCUUUGACCACGGAUUCCCUCACACUUUCUUGAGUGGGUCUAUGUUUGACCGAUCUACUCCGAGGAUGGCGGAUAAGGCGGGUGAUGUAUGGUUGACGAAGGGGUUGGGCACAUUUGAUUGGGUUGACCAGCCCAAGGCCAUUCGGCCCUCCGAGUAG